AAUCAAAAGAGUUUCUUUCUAUCUCUUGCAUGAUUUCUCCUCCACCGAAAAUCCCUUUUCAGUUCUCUCUGAGACUCUGAUGCGCAACAGUCCCUGCAUUUCGGCGAAAAGAUAUAAUCUGAAAUUCAGGAAGCGGAACGAAUUCCAAAGUAAGGUGGGGAAAUAUCUGAUAUACGGCGAAGAACUUAGCUGCGCUGUGUGCAGAAAUUUUGAUUGUACUAGUUAAAGGACAUGAAGGUUACAAGCUACACUGGCCUUGCUAAACCCAGUUUUUUGCUCGUGCACUAUGAGUUACCCGCUUUUGCAUUCCACAGAUCGCAGAUGGUUUCUAUCUCGUCUCUAUGUGUUUCAAGUAAUUGUAAGAAGAGAUGUGGAUUGGUGAUGAAGCUUUAUUCAUAUGUUGCUGGGCAGUCUCAUUCAUCCACUGCUUCGCAUUUAUCUUUGUCCAAGAAAGACAGAUUUAGUAGGGAGCAGAAAGAAGUUAAUCCUGCUUCAUUUUAUACUCACCCUAGUUUAUUACAGAUGAAAAGCGAGAGGAUUGCUAACCGUGCCCGAGUUUACGAAUUCUUGAGGGGUAUUGGCAUUGUUCCUGAUGAGCUUGAUGGUUUGGAGCUUCCUGUCACUGUUGACGUCAUGAGAGAACGUGUGGAGUUCCUUCACAAGUUAGGACUUACAAUUGAAGAUAUUAAUAAUUACCCGCUUGUCCUUGGAUGCAGUGUGAAGAAAAAUAUGGUUCCAGUGCUUGAUUUCCUUGGCAAAUUGGGUGUAAGAAAAUCUACUUUUACGGAAUUCUUGCGCCGGUAUCCACAAGUCCUCCAUGCCAGUGUUGUGGUUGACCUUCAACCUGUUGUUAAAUAUCUUCAAGGGAUGGACAUUAAGCCUAAUGAUAUUCCUCGAGUCCUUGAGAGGUACCCAGAAGUUUUGGGAUUUAAGCUUGAGGGCACCAUGAGUACUUCAGUGGCUUAUUUGGUUGGAAUUGGAGUAGCCAGGCGGGAGAUUGGAGGAGUGCUAACUAAAUACCCAGAUAUAUUGGGCAUGCGGGUAGGUCGGGUGAUCAAACCUUUUGUGGAAUAUCUAGGAAGCUUGGGAAUACCAUCCCUGGCAGUUGCUAGGUUGAUUGAGAAGCGGCCACACAUUCUUGGUUUUCAACUUGAUGGUAAGGUGAAGCCAAAUGUCAAAUUACUGCUAGAGUAUAAUGUUAGACAUACUUCACUUGCAUCUGUGAUUGCUCAAUAUCCUGAAAUCAUAGGAAUUGACCUUGAAUCAAAGCUUCUCAGCCAGCGGGGCUUCCUCAGCUCCAUUAUUCAAUUGACCCCUGAAGAUUUUGGGAGAGUCAUAGAGAAAAUGCCCCAAAUUGUCAGCCUCAGUGACAAAGCCAUAGUGAGGCAUGUGGAUUUCCUAAAGGAAUGUGGAUUCUCCAUGGAACAAAUGAGAAAGAUGGUUGUGGGGUGCCCACAGUUGUUGGCCCUGAAUGUUGACAUCAUGAAACUCAGUUUUGAUUACUUCAAAUCCACAAUGGAUAGGCCAUUGGAUGAUUUAGUGACUUUCCCAGCUUAUUUCACUUAUGGACUCGAGUCUACUGUGAAGCCAAGACACAAGGUUAUUGUACGAAUGGGAGUUAAAUGUUCUCUUGCUUGGCUUCUCAAUUGUUCAGAUGAGAAAUUUGAAGAACGAAUGAAGUACGACUCAAUUGACAUGGAAGAUAUCGAGGAAGAUUCUUCAUUUGACCUGAAUAGCUUAAUGAAACCCAGCACCGAAGACUCUGAUUCUGAAUAUGAGGAUGACAGUGAUGAUGGAUAUGAGUAGAAUUAGCAAAAAUGAGUAACAGAAAAUGACAAUUUUUUUUUCCCUUGGCAAUACUGAUUUUAUAUUUUGACCAAGUUCCCUUAGCAUAUACCCCUUUCCUCGUGUGGUCUAGAGUCAAUCAUAUACGCAUUUGUAUGCUCUGCGUUGUGCAAGAUCGAUCUCCAUGUGCAGUGCACGUAUUUCCCUCCGAAAGUUAGCCUAAAAAGCCAUUGACAUGACCUCAUUUUCAGGCCAAUGGAUAAGAAGGGCUCUCCUAAAUACUGCAAUAGUUGCAUGAGAGAGUUGAGUCCCAGGCACUGAUCCUACUUUUUGUGAUAAACCAGAAUGUGAUUUUCGGAGUCACAUGUUUUGUGCAGCUAGUGAGGUGAAACCAGGGCUGUAUCAGGACGACAAGCCAGAAGAUCAGGUCCAUCCAGGUUUCUUCAACAUAUAAUCAGAAUACGUGCGUGAAUCAGACACAGGUUACAGCUGCUAGUCCUGAUUCUUGCUGAGAUGUUUCAGGUCCAGAUGCCGUUGCAAAUGGCUCAGCAACUGUACUAGAUUACGAAUUCAGCCAAAUUUUAGACCGCCUGUUUAAGUUUGGUUUUGGUUGGUGGAUUAAUGUAUGAAUAAUAAUACCUCAUAGACUGAUCAGUGGUUGAUAUGUUCUGUCAUGGAAAUUUGAGAAGUUUCUUCCAAAUCAAUGCAUAUUAUUUUUCUCUUUAA